AUGGUCUCUCCCAAGCUCCAGCGAUCGCGUCGUCCUGCCGAUCACCUUGACGAGUCCAACUCCACCGCGAGCUUGUUUCUGGGCGGAGUGCGGAGGGAUUGGAUGGCUUCGGCGGGGGCCUACCCACGCGAGGCGAGACCGGCCGCUAUGUCUCAUCCGAGAUCUCUGAAAUCUCCAUCCGCAGCUGCUCCGUCCAAGGAUUCCCGAGGGAUCGGCCACUCCGGACCUGCAGAGCUAGCCUUGAUGUCCCCCGUGACACCAGGUGCAAAUCUACAACGGUCCGCCUCGUCUCUGCAGGCCCAUCUACCGGCUACGAGCAAACCCGACCCGCCGCAGGACCCUCUUCCCUCGCCCGUCCCAAGCUCUGGCUCUCAUCCGAGCCCGAUUCUCUCUCCCCCUCCCAGCAUUCCUUCGAAUGAUCUUUCCGUCGCCGCCCUGGCGGUUCCAGCAGCGCCCGACAAGCCGGCGGCGGUGGCAGCGGUCAACGUCCAGCCGCGACGCGACAAGAACGCGAGUCCCAGCCAACCAGCCUUGAAUCAACCGUCCCCUCCUUCAGUACAAAACCCAACCCCGAGACCGAGCGUGUCAGAGACAUCAGAGCUAUCUGAGAUUGCACCAGCGAGCGCGGCUGUACCGCACACUGCCGAUCCUGGCUCACGUCCGCUCCAUGAGAUCAACAAUGGCAUCCAACCUCAGUCCCUAGGGAAUUCAGUGGGCUCGAACCAGAGCCCGUCGGUGGGAAUUAAUGCACGUGUCAACACGUCGGGAAGUCAUGCAGUAGGGUCGCCGUUCCAGCCAGCCACCCCAACACCUCCUCUUGCAUCUCGAAAAUUGGACCGGCCAUCCUCAAACGAUUGGAUCCUGUGGAGAGCACGUGCGAACGCUCUGCUGAAUCAGGCGAGAGAAUGCUCGUUGAACGUUGGUGGACCUAGAGCUCUGCUCCUCAUCCGCGCCUGUGGUGACUAUGAUAAUGAUCUUUUCUACCUGGUGCUCCAUCAGGUCUUUUGCGAGAUGUCCAGGGAUGCUCAGGGGAUCAUCGCAAGAAUUCCGGUCCUUCGCGACGAACGGUGUCGACUUGGUAUAACCAAACUUGCGGAAUUACUGGAGGACAAUGCAAUGAUACCCCUGCCCUUGCUGGAGGCAUUUUGCCUCUUUCCACUACCCCUGGAACAAUUGAUCAACGCUCCAUGGUAUCAAGAGAUUCUCGAUCAGGUGGUAGGCUGCCUCUCGUGCCUUGUGACCCAGCUUUCAGUCUUGAAAGCCGAGACUCAUCGCAGAAUAUAUGAACGUGGCUAUCCACCACUGGUAAAGGAGCUGAGACAGGAGUAUGGUGUGACUUCACCGGUGCUAUUGGGUGUUAUCUUCAUGUCUAUAUGUCGGCAUGUUUACGACCCGAACAAAAUCGAUCUUCUGCAGCGCCACUUCCAAAAGGACUCGUUCCUCGUUUCGAAGAACGCAGGUCCGGAUGCCCAUUUGGCCCUGAUUGAAGAGUACCGAAAGAUUCCAAUGAGAGGGAGGCAACCCCCAAGACCUCCGAUGCCAGCCCAUCAGAGUCAGCGCCCACUCCAGCGUCGAGCCACAGCGACUGCUGGAUAUUCUCAUCCGUCCCCCGUCAUCGGCUCGCCCGCCGCCGUAAGUCCCGCAUCGCAAGCGAAUGCACAGAAUCAUCUCGCUCCUGCUUCGCCGCAUAUUCAGUCCCCAAUCUCGCCCAAUAUCUCCCAGAAUUUGCAGCAUGCGCAGUAUAUUGAUCAGCACGGUCGUCGUAUUUCAGCUCAGCAAGUGAGGCAAAUAUCUCGGAGCAAAUUCUCAGAGGGGAGCAGUCUACAUGGUCUCAACCUGUCGCCGUCGCCGUCUCAGCACUCUGUAGCUGGCUGGCCUAAUUAUGUAGUUCAGCAACAACAGCCCCAGUCUCUGCAACAGUUUCAAUAUCAUCAUCAUCAGCAGCAGCAGCAGCAGCAGCAGUCUACACGGCAUGUGUCUUCUGGUGAUACGACCACACAACCCUCUGCUGCAUACCAAGCUGUUCAGAUGAUGGUUACAAGUCGGACUAGUCAUUCACAGGCACAGCAGCCUCCAUCAGUACGGCCUGUCCCCGCUUCGUCACCGACGGUGCAGGGUCCUCAAAACCAGACUAGCCGACCUCGUGCACCUGCUAUGUCGCCGCUGCUCCCGCCUGAAGGCUACAGAGCGCCACAGACAGUGCAACCGAACCCGAUGCGACUAAGUCUGCACCAAGCUGACCUUCGUGACCCGGUCAAGUAUUUAGUACAGCUGACGCCGAAUGGCUUGGAAGAAACUGCUCUGUACCAGUACCUUGAUCAAUUCACGCUCGACCCAACGCGGAUUGACCCAGACGUCUUCAGUUAUCGCUGGAAAUUUACGAUAUCACCCGAUGACUACCAGCGCUUUCCCCGCUAUGUCGACAGAGGACAAGGUCAACGAUCUAUUCGGACGUACCAACCAGGUUGUCGGACUUACCGUCUGCGUAUCAUUGCCCUGCCUGACUCAGAGAAGAAAGAGAUGCAAAGAUUUUGGCCAAUUGCAAACACCACUUGGCCUAGUGUGCUCUACAUCUUUGUUAACAACCAUGAACUCUACGUGCGGCGGAAAGUACACAACGGAAAGGACCUACCUUUGGAUAUAACCAGACACCUCCGCGAAGGCGAAAACGAGGUCAACGUUCAUUUCCUUCUAGCCCCUAACGAGUGUAAGAAUUUCCACUACGUGGCGGGCAUCGAAUCUAUGAAAGUCUCAGAGUACAAGGGAGUUCUCGAAAGGACACGUCAUGUCCCGGCUAGCGAGACCCGUGCCAACAUCAAGAAACGACUGAGCCCAAUCACCGAUGACGACGAGCUGGCCGUCGUCACCGACAGCCUCAACGUCCCACUUAUCGACCCAUUCAUGGCACAGAUUUUCAACACUCCCGCUCGUUCGACCAACUGCAAUCAUAUCGAAUGUUUCGACCUGGACACCUUCAUAACGACCCGGAGGUCCCAGUCAGGUUCCGCCCCAAUGAACGACAACUGGCUUUGCCCCAUCUGCAAGGCGGAUGCUCGCCCACAGUUCUUAGUCGUGGAUCAAUACUUCGUUGAAGUCCGCGACGCGAUCGCGAAGCAGGGCAUCAUAGAUACCGCCCAGUCGAUUCAAAUCCGAGUCGACGGGACGUGGACAGUCAAAGUCACCAGCGACGAUGCGUCUCCCUCCAGCCCGGCUCGAAGGCGACCUUCCCAGCCUCCUUCCUCUGGCAAGCGCAAGGCGGACAGUAUGACUGGUGCAGCGGAGCAAACUGCUCGUACCAAACAUGAGAGCACUCCCAGUACCCCAGCCCAGGAUCCCACGGUCAUCGAAAUCGACUAG